AUGCUUUCCUCUCUUGUCCUUCUCACCCCCCUUCUUGCGGGCCAGGGUCUCGCCGCGCACUUCGGCUCUCACCUUGUCGAGAUGGAAAUAUUUAAGCGCCAGAGCGACAGCGAGGCUUUUGUGCCUGGCACUACCCCCGGCUGUCCUUCUAACUGGCCCAUGUGCGGGACGAGUGGCAUCUGCUAUAACCCCAGACAAGGACAGACCUGCUGCCCGGGUGGAAAGUACGCCUGCCCGUCCAACUCGUUCUGUCUGCAGGAGCCGUACUGCUGUCCUGAUGGCCUCGACCCGGAAACCUGCGCCCGCCGAUACGGCAUCACCUUGUCUCCAAGCUCAACUGAGGAGCCUGUCCCCGAGCCCACCGAGACCGCCCCCGAGCCAACUGACACCGUCGAGCCCACUCCCACCGAGCCGACUGGCCCUGAGCCUACCGACACUGUGCCAGAACCCACUGAGACCGUGCCCGAGUCUACCGAGACUGCUCCAGAGCCGACGACGACCUCGAACCCGGUGAUUCCUAAGCCCCCGACCUCGACUGUACCGUCUGUGCCGUCGAGUACGGCAAGCCCGACCCUGCCGACUGCGUCUCCUUCUACAUUGUUGUUUACUGGCGGUGCGAAUGCUAGGGAGGUUGUUGGUGGAGCGGCGAUUGUUCUCGGGGGACUGGGACUGUUGGGUAAUUUAAUUUAG